GUUCAUUUACCCUCAGAUCACUGAGGGUGAACCGUUCCAAAACACACAAAUAUAUCUGGGGACUGCAAACUCAACAUGACCAGUGGGUGCUGUGUAUUUGUCCUAUUUUCCCUCCUCCAUGUCUCGCUGAGUGUGAUAAUGACAGGAUUAUAUGGCAGCUUCACCUCCCCUAACUUCCCCCAGCCAUACCCUGACAACCAGCUCGUAGUGUGGAACAUCACUGUCCCAGAUGGCCACAGGGUCAAACUCUACUUCAGCCACUUCAGCAUGGAACCCUCAAACCAGUGUGAAUAUGACUACAUCCAGGUUUUGACAGAGGGGAAUGAAACCUUGCGGUUCUGCGGUGAGGAAGAGAAGAACUAUGAAAGCACCCCAAGGAACACCAUCAUCCUUUCAGCCGGAAACCUCAUGUCAGUGGUCUUUAGGAGUGACUACUCUAACGAGGGCCGAUUCACAGGCUUCCAAGCAUUUUACACCUCAGAAGACAUCAACGAGUGUCUGUCCAAGAUAGAUGGGGAAAGAGUGUGUGAUCAUUUUUGCCACAAUUACAUCGGUGGAUAUUACUGCACGUGCAGACAAGGGUACCUUCUCCAUGACAACAAAAGAUCCUGCACAGUGCCAUGCCACAGCCAAGUGUUGACCUCACUCUCAGGGGUUCUGACCAGUCCGGGCUACCCGGGCCCCUACCCUUCAAUGAGUCAAUGUGACCACACCAUCCGUCUGCCGGAGGGCUACAGAAUAAUCUUGGACUUCAUGGAACCCUUUGACGUAGAGGCACACUUGGAUGUCCCUUGUCCGUACGACAUGUUGAAGAUUUCAACAGCUGGACAAGAUUAUGGACCCUUCUGCGGAUCAAUGCCACCGGGUCGCAUUGACACAGGAAGUUACCAAGUGCAUGUUGCGUUCAGAUCCGACCCUAGUGGGAAAAACAAGGGAUGGAAGAUCAAGUAUACCAGCGUCAAGGCUGAAUCCUGAUGGCUUGUUGACAUGAACAAUUUAUGUGUUUAUGCUAUCUGAAAAUUUGGCACAGUGUCUUUAUGGCAACUUAACACAACCAUAAUGUUUUUGGUGAAGCUUGGAUGUUGUGUUUGUGCAUUAGGCUAUCAGAAGCAUUAUCCUUACGAUACUUUAUAUGACAUUGUGACAAUGGUGCUACAAAAAGUUCAAGCAAUUUCAUUGAUUUCAUCUAAUUUCUAAUCUAAUUGUCAUUGUUUUAUUUCUUUGUUUGGUGAGAUGAUGCCAAAAUCUCAAGAGCACAAUCCUCUUAACCACUUUUGCAUGGGCCGUUUUAUUGUUUUGUUACUUGACAUGCAAAUUAAGGAAGACUCAAAAGACACUUUGACUUAUGAAUAUAUAUAUGUGUAUAUAUAUAUUAGAUAUGAAAAAGUUCUUUAAAAUACUGUUUAAUAAACCAUAACAUACAACCUGAA